CACUACUGAGUGGGUAAUCAUAGUGUCUUCGGCGCCAUAUUUAGUGCACUACAUAUGAGAAAUGGCGCAAUUCAGGACGUAACCCUAGAAAUAAACAGAAACGAGGAGGUGUCGUCCGAGCAAUGGAAAACAUGGAGCAGAAAUAUGAAGAAGAAAUAAAACGACUCCAACAAGAGAUAGAGACGUGUGAAGCCGAGCAGGACGAGUAUUUACGAGCUAUUUCGAGACAACACGGAGAAACCCUGCAAAAUAUCUUAAAGACCAUCUCCAUCGGAAAGGACGGAGAAGAUGGUGUGAUAAAUAAAGAGGUUUCAAAGCUCAUGACUGAAAUCAGUGAUCUGGAGAAGGACCACAGAAGACAGACCGACAUCAGUGGGAUAUCUCUCUCCGAGUGUUGGGUCAAGACACUGGAGAAAAGCAGUACAAAAACUGUAAAGCAGUACAGACUUGCUGGUCUCUGCUGGCGUCUUUCGUUCCAAGUUGAGUUUAUAGUGACUGAGAUUCAGGACGGUGACACCAUCCUGAAAAAAGUGACCGACCUCAACAUUAUAUCGGAUGGAGCGGAGUUUAAAGACUUGUGUGGCUUUCAGUCAAGUGUUGAGGAGUCAAAAAGCGUUUUCCUGUUCUUCAGAACCCUGAGGACAUUUUCAGAGCGAUGUAUGCAAAGAACCUGUACGUUCCAACACUUUAAGGAGAAAUACCCAGAUGUGGUUCACCUUCCUGAGGGCUGCAGAUCUGAGAUCAUGGUGAUCCAGAAUCCACAACUUCCUGGGUGCACGAUGAGCAUUUUCUGGAGCAUUACCGUCAGUACAGAAGGAACGGUCAAGCCAAAGAUUGAACUGCUGAUGAAAAUGCCUGAGCAAGCUCAAAAACUGGAUACGGAAAACGUGGUGGCGUCGGCACCGGAGAGCUUUCGGAGUCUCCUGACGAUGUUGGGAGUGGAAGCUACGAUCGAGGGUUUAAUACAAUCCGUCUGUUUUUAAACAAUCUGGCAACGCAAGAAGGCAACCGUACGCUUGCUUCAUCAUUUUAUUCAGUAUAAACACCACCAUUAUCAUCAUCAUCAUCCAUUUAAGAAAUGUUAUUAAUGCCAUCUGUACACAUUUCUGUCACCACGUGUGCACAUAGCGUAUGUAAAUAUACAUCAUUAGACAAUAGCUAGAAAAAUAAAUAAUUUAAAUAGAAAAAUGUGACAGCACUUUGUCUUUUCAAAUGGUGAAGAGUUUAGUCCUUACUUUAUCAGCAUCACAGUGAUUGUGAUUUCUUGAGAGGAUUAAUAGGAACCUGGGUUUGAGUUUAGCAUGUACACAUCCUUUAGUUUCUUGUAGUGAGUAAGUCAACGUUUUGCUCCCUGCGAGUUAA